UUUGCAGUCUGCCCAGAAGAGCCGGGUGCAGCUGUGUUUGUACAAAAAAUACACUGAUACAAUAAAAAAAAAAUUUGACUUGACCUCGUCUCGUAGUACAGAAGUUGGGUUAAGUACUGGUGAAGUGGAAGCACUGUGCUGGAGUUGAAAAAAUUCGUCACACUGUCAACGACUUAGUUAAAGUAGCCGAUAGAGUUCGAGAGUUAUACCUUUUAAAACAUGGCAUCAGGAGCAGGGUCUAGUGGUACUGGCAGAGGUCGUGGAUCAUCAUUAGCUGACAACAAACCAGAAAGUAAAGAGUCCAAACCUAAUCCCAAAAUGUCUAAGGCCUUAGGUACCUCUGCUAAAAGGAUACAAAAAGAAUUAGCAGAGAUAACUUUAGAUCCACCUCCGAAUUGCAGUGCUGGACCUAAAGGUGAUAAUUUGUAUGAAUGGGUUUCUACAAUUUUGGGACCACCAGGAUCAGUAUACGAAGGUGGUGUUUUCUUUUUGGAUAUACAUUUUUCUCCAGAAUAUCCUUUCAAACCACCAAAGGUGACUUUUAGAACACGAAUUUAUCACUGCAAUAUAAAUAGCCAAGGAGUGAUAUGUUUAGAUAUCCUCAAGGACAACUGGUCGCCAGCACUGACUAUAUCAAAAGUUUUGUUGUCCAUUUGUUCUCUUUUAACAGACUGUAAUCCUGCUGACCCUUUGGUAGGCAGUAUAGCAACGCAAUAUAUACAAAACAGAGAAGAACACGAUCGCAUAGCUCGCCUUUGGACUAAGCGUUAUGCGACAUGAGCAGCGUUAGUGCAUAAUUUUAAAGAGCUCCUAUCAGUCUCAUGCCAAUUUAAUAGUUCACACAUUAUUCAGAAAACGCUGCUGACUCGGGUAAUUUUUAAAAUGUUUUUCUGGACAGAUUUCAAGUUUAAGCAAAAGACAUUUUCGCAUUCACAAGGGAAUUUCGCUGUCUGUCGUAAAUAUAAACCCUUGCUAACGGCGCUGGUCUUCAACGCUCGAUCCACAUCCCCAUUUUGUGUCAAUUUACGAUUCUAACAAUUUUUCCUAUAAUCUUAGACAUUAAGUCGUUGACUGCGCGAGCGUGAAUACAUAUUUACGACAGAACGUUUGUUUCUUCCUUUAGAAGUAAAGACUAAAAAGCUCAAACUGCUUUUUUUCUUGUGUUUAGGUCGAAAGUUAUUUAAUAUACUUGCACAGUGUGCCUGAAAACGAACAAUGUAUAGAAAGUGUCGAAGGCAUGAGUGUGAAAUGGAGUAUUUUUUUGUUUGGAAUAAAUUUUCAAACGGCAUAGAGGAGAGGAGGGAAUUUCAGAAUGAUUGAAUAGAAGAAAAAUAUAAAGAUUGUGAUGGAAUUAUUUUGAAAGGAGGAGAAAAGGUACCGCGACGAGCUAGUAUUUAAUUAAGAAAAGUAAACACACGAACUAAAAUAAACGAUAAAUUCCUAAGUUGUAAGUGUAGGUACUUAGACUGUAAGGUCGAUACGAAUGAGUAAUGUAAAUGGGAAAGGGCCCACACACGUCUCCCGAUCGUUGUGUCUUUUUUUUCGUACUCAUUAGAUGUCGGGACUUUUAUAUGCUUUAUUGUUUCUUAAUCCUGAUUACUUUUAUUAUAUUAUUCACCUCUGCGGUUUUUUAAUUAAUUUUUGCUGAGCAUACGUUUU